UAUGUGGGACUGAGCCUUUUGGUGCUGCUUUCAGCUAUGGAAGCAGCCACAGUAGAGAGAGUGGAGUAUGACUACUACAAAUACCAUACCAUGCCGGAGAUCACCAAAUGGAUGGAUCAGGUUGAGAAGGAUAACCCUGAUGUUGUGACCAUAGUGGAAUACGGACAGACCUAUGAGAAGAGAGUCAUUCGCUUGCUCAAGAUUGGCCUAAAUACUGGAGAGAAAAAGAAAGCUAUCUGGAUGGACUGUGGUAUACACGCCAGGGAAUGGAUUGCCCCGGCCUUCUGUCAGUACUUUGUCAGACAGAUCCUGCAAGCACACAAAACAGACCCAAAAAUGCAAGAGAUGAUAAAGAACAUGGACUUUUACGUCACCCCUGUACUCAACAUGGACGGCUACAUCUACUCCUGGAAGGACGACACAACUCGACUGUGGAGGAAGAACAGGUCACCGGGACCUCCAGACUGCAACAGUUACGGCACUGAUCUGAACCGCAACUUUGACGCCAACUGGGGCACACUUGGAGUAUCAUUUAACUGCAGCUCAGAAACCUACUGCGGGAGCCAAGCUGUGUCCGAGCCCGAGGCCCAGGCUGUGACUUAUUUUGUAGGAAGCCGGAAGGACGACUUCCUGUGUUUCCUCACCAUCCACUCCUACGGCCAGCUGCUCUUGGUUCCCUAUGGACACCCCAACUUCACCGCCGCCAACUACAAUGAGCUGAUGGGGGUGGGUUUGGGUGCAGCAGACGCCAUUAGGAGUGUCCACGGGAAGAACUAUACUGUAGGAACUUCACCGGAUGUAUUGUACGCCAACUCUGGUUCAUCCAGAGACUGGGCUCGGUUUCAGGGGAUCCCUUACUCCUACACCUUUGAGCUGAGAGAUAAAGGGACAUUCGGCUUCCAGCUUCCUGAGGAUCAGAUCCAGCCUACCUGUGAGGAGGCCUACAGCGGAGCCCUGCACAUCAUCACCUACGCCCACGACAAGACCUUCAAUGGUGCCGUGGCAACCGCUGCUGCAACCCUGUGGACCAUGCUGUUAACAGUGGGCGUCACCGGCACCACCUUGAUGUGAUGAGCAAAAUAGUGCACGAGGGAAACUGACCAAAAGCUCUAUGGCUUUCAGUUCCACUCAUCCUGCGUCACGCGUGUAUGGCACAAGUGUGUAGUUUAGGCUUCA